AUGGCCAAGCAAGAAUUGAUGAAUCUUUUCCUGAGCAAGGAGUUUGCCUCUGGCUACAAGCUUGCUGAGCUUGUUACCGGACCAUUCGCCCAGCUCCUCGUCGACUACUCUGGCGUGGUCCAGAGCACCCAGCGUCCUCUGGUCAUUCUUGACAAUGCAUGCGGAACAGGCAUCAUUUCGGAGGCCCUAAACCGCUCAUUGGACUCCCAAACUAAAGGUCAUUGGGAGCUGACCUGUGGCGACAUCUCAGAUAGCCUGGUCCAAUACGUGAACCAGCGAAUCCAGGACGAAGGAUGGCCCAGGGCAAAGGCACAAUUGGUAGACGCGCAAGACACCAAGCUUCCAAGCAGCCACUUUACCCAUAUCUUUGCCGCAUUUGAAUGCUUGAGAAUUCUCCAACCAGGCGGUACAGUUGCGAUAUCGAACUGGCAACUGCCCGAGUGGUUAGUAAUUGCCAAAUCCGCGGUCGAGGCCAUGCCUGGAGACCUGCCCUUCCCUACCGUGAAGGAGUUUCUUGCAUCGCUCAAUGAGGGAUGGGAUUCUGAAGAACCGACCCGUGUAAAGCUGGAGCAAGAGGGAUUUGAUAUGGUUCAGGUGGCAACUGUUUCUCAGAAGCUAUCGCUGCCUAAAUCUACGUUGGUGGAACUCAUCAAACCAAUGCUUCCUGUGAUUCUGGGUCGUUUCUGGACUGACGAACAGAGGGCAAAACAUGAGAAGCAUAUCCCAACAGCUUUGCAACAGUACCUUGACGAUAAAUAUGGCGCAAGUGAUGACGUUCCAGUGGAACCAAGGGUUAUUAUUGCGACUGCACGGAAGCCAUGCUGA